CUCCCUCCUGAAGGAAAAAAAAAAAAAAAAAAACAAAGGAAAAGACCAGUCGCAUCAGAGCUGUCCGCGCCACGAAGUCACCGACUGGUUCAUCCUCCUCAACGGUGCGGAUAGAACCGCACGCGUCCGUCGGACUGCAGAUCCAAAAACUCUCAUUAUUUUUUCAUCAGACCUUCUCUGUGUGGCGGCAACAGCGCAAAAGCUCAGAGCGCAGCCAUGGCUGGAGGCAGAGGAAGAAGAAGACCCAACAGCAACGACAGCAGCAACUUAAAUUGGAGCAGCGGUAGGAGAAGAGCAUCGUCAUCGUCGUCGUCAAAAUCCAAAUUUCGAGGAGGUCUGCUCGUGGAGGGCGGCGUUUUAUCCGAUUGGUCAUACCCUCAAACCGCUCAGCGAGGGAAAAAUCCGAGUUCGAGCAACAAAUCUGCUACGAAAUCUGUAGCAAAAGCAGCUUCUGGGUCGAAAAGUGAUUCUCGGGGAUCUAAUGUUACCGCUAUAGGGUUCCAAUACCCUUCUGUUGAAUUUCAGGAGGGUUUCUAUUCAGAAUUACGCAAGGGUAGUGAUGCAGACAAAGAUAUGGACGAGUCAUGCCCUUUGGUUUUAGUUGAUUACAAGGAUACCCAAAUUUUAGCUCAUGGGGACCAAACACAACCGUCAAGCCCCUAUGAAGUGGAAUUUACUUAUCACUACGGUUCAAGUUUUGUGUUAGGUGAAAGCUCUCAUAGAGGGCUAGGGUUCUCUGAUGAACUUGAGGAAACCCCAAGUGGUGUUGAAGAUUCCUCAAAGCAAAUGGAAGAGCCAGAAGAUUCAUGUUUUAACUUGCAAUCUUCUGAGAAACAUAUGGAUGCCAAUGAUGGGAUGGAUUGUGAAGUUGGCGAUGAUGAGAUGGCUGAAGAGAUGACAACAGAGAUGUUGUCGCCCAAGAGGAACUCAGGCUUUUUGUCAAUUGGUGGCAUGAGAUUAUACACCCAAGAUAUUUCUGAUGAAGAAAGUGAAGAAGAUGAAAAUGGAGAGUCACUGUAUGAAGGAAGCUCAGGCUCUUCUAAGUCUGGAGAACGACUUGGAUCCUCUGAAAGUGAAGACUUGUCUGAUAGUGAUUCAGAUAUAGAUGACGAGGUUGCAGACGAUUAUUUAGUGGGAAUUGGUGGUAGUUACAACAUCUUAAGUUCCAAAUUUUUGGUGGAACAGGAUUUGGAUGAGCCGGAUAAGAAUAGCUCUUUGAGGAAGGGCUUUGAUGAGACUUUGCAGAAGUUGGGCGGAAUUGCUCUUCAGGAUGCAUCUAGGGAGUACGGUAGGAAGAAGGUCCAGUCACAAAAGAAAUACAAUGUGACUGAAAGACAUGCUCGGUCUUUGGCUAUAGAUGACCUAAUGCUUGUAAAGGAUACAAGAAAUUAUUCCAAAAAGAAACCUGUUGCCAAAUUUCCUCAGUCUUGGCCUGCAGAAGCUCAAAGGAGUAAAUUCUCAAGACAUUUUCCUGGGACAAAAAAGAAACAUCGUAAAGAAAUGAUGGCUGUGAAGCGUAAGGAGAGAAUGCUGCGCCAAGGUGUUGAUCUUGAGCAAAUAAAUCUGAAAAUGGAGCAAAUUGUUUCAGAUGCAGUAGAUAUGUUUUCUUUUCAGCCUAUGCAUUCCCGGGAUUGUUCCCAGGUUCAGCGAUUAUCCGGAAUGUAUGGCCUGAGGAGUUCCUGCCAAGGAUCUGGCAAGAAGAGAUUUGUGACAGUGAUGCAGACACAACACACUGGCAUGCCAUCUGCAAGUGAUAGACUUUGUCUUGAAAAGCUGAUUGGAGCUGACAUGGAGGAUGCUGAUUUCUCUGUUGUUGAGCCUGGUAGAGACAAAAACAGGCCAAGGAAAAUUGGAAAAGGAAUUGAUUUUAAGACACCGGAAUCUAAACAAUCCAGCCAAAGAAAGACGCCGAAAACGUCAGCCAAACGUGGCAGUGGGAAUAUGGAUUCAUAUGCUAAUACACCAGUAUCAUUUGUGUCAAGUGGCGUAAUGCAAUCAGCGGCUGAGGGUUUAACUGUUGACUCAAUAGAAGCAAGUAAAAACAAGGUUGCUGCUGAGUCAACUGAAUAUCGUUCCUUUGAGGUACACACUAAGGGUUUUGGAUCAAAAAUGCUGGCUAAAAUGGGAUACAUAGAAGGUGGUGGCUUAGGAAAAGAUGGACAAGGUAUGGCUGCACCCAUCGAAGUGAUCCAACGGCCUAAAUCACUUGGCUUGGGUGUGGAAUUCUCCACCCCCGUUGAGAUCCCAGUCAGUAAAACACCCCCAGUAAAGAAUAUCCCGGUAAGAAGAAGAUCUCAGGCUCAGAGUUCUCAAACUCAGAGUGAAAGAGUUGGAUCUUUCGAAAAGCAUACCAAAGGAUUUGGAUCGAAGAUGAUGGCGAAAAUGGGUUUUGUUGAAGGCAUGGGGUUGGGGAAAGAUUCACAAGGCAUUGUCUACCCUCUGGCUGCAGUCAGGCUACCGAAGUCGAGGGGAUUAGGUACCUCAGGUUAAGUGAAUUUUAAUUUUAAUUUAUAAUUGCUUACUUCUUCUUGUUCUAAAUCUGCAUAUGCAAUUAUGCAUGUGUAUUAUCAUCAAUAUUAACUUAGAGGUUUUUUUAUUCACCAUAGAUCUGUACAUUCAAUUUUUAUCAUUGAAAAUAAAGCAUGUGGCAUGGUGACCAUCAAAAGCCACCAUGUGAGGUUUCUGUCUUUA